AUGCGGCUCAACUUCAUCACCGUACUCUCGGCAUUGGCCCCCUUGGCGGCAGCAUCGCCCCUCGGUAGCCUCGGUCUUGCGUCUUGGGACGUCGAAGGCUUCGCCAAGGAUAACCCGAUCGGUACCACUACUGGUGGCAAGGGCGGCGUCACUGUGGCUGUCGACAAUGCGGCAGACUUGGAGGCGGCUGUUGCCGGCGACGAGCCCAAGGUUGUGCGCGUCAGGGGGGAGAUCAAUCUUCCGGCCCGCCCCAAGAUUGGCUCCAACAAGUCCGUCAUUGGCGUUGGUGGCUCGGCUCAUAUCACCGGAAUGGGUCUUGAUGUAGUUGAUGCGACCAACGUCAUCAUCCAGAACCUCAAGAUCAGUUUCAUCCAGGACAAUGACUGCAUCACCAUCCGGAACUCGACCAGGGUUUGGGUAGACCACAACGAGUUUGCGUCGGACAUUUCCAAGGGCCCAGACUUCUUUGACGGCCAAGUCGACAUCAUCCGCGCUUCAGACUGGGUUACCGUAUCCUGGAACUACUUCCAUGACCACUGGAAGUCGUCGCUCAUCGGAAAUGAUGACACCCUCCGAGACGUUGAUUUCGGCCACCUACACGUCACUUACCAUCACAACUACUGGAAGAAUAUGGGCACCCGCGGCCCUGCCGGGCGCUUCGGCCACCAGCACAUCUACAGCAACCUCUAUGUCGACUUCAACUACCAGGCAAUCCAUUCUCGGUCCGACAACCAGGUCCUCGUGGAGGGCAACGUGUUCAGGGGCAAGACCCGUGAGGCGCUGAGCACCUACGGUUUGGUUAUUCCGGAGGAUUCGCCGAAUACCUGCACGUGCGGUGACGAGGAGCUGGAUGGCUUUGCCAACUUGGGAGCUAGGAACGACUGGGGUAAAGCCACCGUCAACAUCACGCAGGUUGGUGACUUCAAGAAGGCACCCUACAAGUUCAAGUUGACUCCGCUGCCCUUGGUUGCGCCGAUCGUCAAGCUUGGGGCAGGUGUUGGAAGGAUCCUUUGA